AUGUGUAGAAUAUUGCCUACCCUCCUCUGCCUGGCUAUAGGGUUGGCGACGGCGACUCAAGGGCUCGUCUCUCGUCAUGACAACUCCUUCCAGCCCGACUAUAUUCUCCGAGUGACAGCCCAAAGCUAUAGUCAAGCAUGCAUGGAGCGAUACUCAGUGCUGGUUAACGGGUCCUCUCCCGGCCCCGAAUUGCGUCUCCAGGAAGGGAGAGUGAGCUGGAUCCGAGUUUACAACGACAUGGAGGGUUUGAAUACCACAAUGCAUUGGCAUGGUCUUUCUGCUUUUACCGCACCCUUCUCCGAUGGUACCCCCAUGGCCAGCCAAUGGCCUAUCGCCCCUGGCCACUUCUUCGACUACGAAGUCCGUCCUGAGGUCGGUUAUGCUGGCACGUACUUCUACCAUUCACACGUCGGCUUCCAGGCAGUCACUGCUGGGGGCGCACUUAUUGUGGAAUCGGCCCAACCCUCGCCAUACGAGUACGACGAAGAGCGCAUCAUUGCUCUGACGGAUUUUUUCGCGAAGACGGAUGAGGAGAUCGAGGACGGCCUCAGCUCAGCCAAUUUCACAUGGAGUGGAGAGACUGGCGCCGUUUUGGUGAACGGCCACGGCCGACUGGCCACCAAUGCUUCUGGGUCGUGCAAACUGGCUGCUAUUAGCGUCGAUCCCGGGAAGACUUAUCGUCUGCGAUUCAUUGGGGCAACAGCCCUGUCUUUUGUCUCUUUGGCUAUCGAAAGCCACGACCUAUUCGAGAUUAUUGAAGCAGAUGGCCAUUACACCAAGCCAGUGAAGACGAGCUACUUGCAGAUUUCCAGCGGCCAACGGUAUAGUGUGCUUUUGAAGGCCAAGACCGAGGCCGAGUUGCAAGAAGCGAGAUCCCGGCAAUUCUACUUCCAGCUCACCACACUGGGCCGACCAACUGUCCUGACAACUUUUGCCGUUUUGGAAUACCCUUCUCCCAUCGCGACUGAUUUGACGACCGUUCCCGUCACUCCUCCCCUCCCGGUGGCGGACAUCAUUCAUGGCUGGAUGGACUACGCCUUAGAGCCGUACUACCCGGAUCCUGACUUCCCAACUGCCGAGGAAGUAACCCGGCGUAUUAUCAUCAACGUUCACCAGAACGUCAGUUCGCAUGUCAUCUGGCUCCAGAGCGGGUACGACUGGAUGGAGACAUUCCCCAUGUCACCAUACCUGGUCGACGUAUAUAAUGGUAAACUGGACCUCGACGACUCGUACGAGCGGGCAAUUGCCAGUGGCUACGGGUUUGACAAUCAAACCCGCCUCUUCCCCGCGAAGAUGGAAGAAGUCCUCGAGAUCGUCUGGCAGAACCAAGGUGCUGUUAAUACCGGUAGCGUUGAGACCCACCCUUUCCAUGGACACGGGAGACAUUUCUAUGACGUUGGUGGCGGCGAUGGGUUAUACAACCCGGAGGAGAACGAGAAGCGCUUGAACGGAAAUCAUCCGGUGACUCGGGACACGAGCGUGCUAUAUGCAUACAGAAGAGAAACGGAGGCUCUUACGCCGUCAGGAUGGAGAGCUUGGCGGAUUCGGGUUACGGAUGCCGGCGUGUGGAUGAUGCAUUGUCAUAUUCUUCAGCAUAUGGUGAUGGGGAUGCAGACGGUUUUUGCUUUCGGUGACGAGGCGGAUAUCAGGGCACAAUCAGGUCCUGUUGAUCAGGGCUAUCUGACAUAUGGUGGUUCGGUGUAUGGGAAUGCCACUCAUUACCCACUUGUACAGCACUACUAUGAUAUGUGA